CACUCCCGGACCCUCGGGUUCGGGCGGAGGCUCCAUCGGGCCCGUCGAUUUCCCUUUCUUCCUGGGGAGAGGAAGUCAGAGGCUUUGGGCCCGCGUCGAUCCCAGCUGGAACCCGCGUCCCCUCCUCUGCCGCCGGACUCCAAACGCCACGCUCGCAGUCUUCAGAGAGAGGAAUGUCCGGACGGGCUGGCUGGAGCGGUACACAUUCGUAACCAACGGCUUUAUCCCGGAUAAAAAGGCGGAAGGGAGAGGAAUUAUGAUCGCAGCAAUGCCAGCCGCUCUACAGCAGCAGCGGAGCGGCGUAGUUAUUAUAGCGUUAUUAACUUCUCAUACAGAAAAACAAAAACAGCUGAUGGGUGCAUGCGUCACAGUGAGGGCGGCUCUGAUUGGCUGGUUAGAGCCUACUGUGAUCGACUGUCGCUUGUUUUAAUUGGACAAGCUGCCAAAUACUAUUCUAUGGUUGGUUAGAAAACGUGUCACUUGCAAACAGGUACAUCCGCCUGAAUUGGAAGUGAUGAUUGGGUGAAUCAACUUUCGCGAGGAUGAUUUUGUGCUUUGUUCUUCAAACGUCAUUAUAAUGGUUGGUACCACUAACUUUUGUUUUCUUGUCCAUCACCUUGAACCCAGACAUUUGAGGCCUUUGCUUCUCAAAAUACACAACAAGUAUGCGAUUGUAUAUUGUUGUCACUAAGCGCACAGACUAUCUGUCAAUACGUGCUGCAAGACUUCCACUGAAUGCCAUGUCAAUUGCAAACUCUUAUAGCCUGCCCUUUACAUGUUCUUCAUUUACACGUUGGUUGCAUGUUUCCCCUCGACUUUUUCCAGUCCUGUAAUGAUGGAUCUCAUUCAACAUUGUUUAUAGAAAUCAACUAUUACUAAUAUCAACUAUACUAAUAUUGUAUAUAAAAGUAUUUACUAAAAAUAUAUAUUUAUCGUAAAAUGUCAGAAUCUUUAACCAAUGCCUAUACCCUUCCCAGAGAAAAAGUCGUCUUCAAAAUGCCCCAGGAUGAUUUUAGACAUCUGGAAUGUGCUCCUGCUGUGUGUUUGUUUUGGGAAUAUAGGCCAAAAGCAACGCUGGGAUCCCCAGUUAUUUGCCCAAAGCAAUUAUUAUUAUGCUUUCUUUAUUGAAAGAAGAACAAGAAGACGUGGAGACCGCGGGUCAGGUUAGUUAAAUGCUGCCCAUUCGUUCCAUUGGCGGUGAGGUGGAGCAACUUGUGUGAACUUCUAUGAAUCGAUUUCCUCCUCACUUGUGAACUAUUUCUUUGACGUCACGAUUUCCGUGUGGCCCCUUUAACGUUGCCAGGGGUUACGAGCUCACAUGUCAGAACGAGGAGGAUUGACGUCAGUGACGGCUCCUGAUUGGUCCUCAGCUGUAUCCGGUGGGGCAGCGGUCCAGGGCUCGGAUCGAAGAGAGGAGGAUCUGCUAACGGUUCGCCCAGGCAAAGAUCAUCCAUCCCGAGUCACCGUCGACUGGCUCGGUGGAGUUUUACUUUUUUUUAUUUGUGAACAGGUCGUAGAAGAGGGUAGAAGUUUUCAUCAUGGCAUCUGGGAGCACGAGCAGUGAAGAGGAGCGGAGCCUGCGGGAGUGUGAGCAGUAUGUGCAGAAGCACAACAUUCAACAGCUGUUAAAGGACUGCAUCGUCCAGCUGUGCACCUCCAGGCCAGAGAGGCCUAUGGCUUUUCUUCGCGAGUACUUCGAGAGGCUGGAGAAGGAGGAAGCUAAGCAGAUUCUGAAUCAGCAAAAAGCGAGCAGUUCCCGCUCAGAUUCCCGUGAUGAGGAGGUCUCUCCACCUAUGAAUCCGGUGGUCAAGGGUCGUCGGCGGAGGGGAGCCUUCAGUGCUGAGGUCUAUACAGAGGAGGAUGCAGCCUCGUAUGUCAGAAAGGUCAUUCCCAAGGACUACAAAACGAUGGCCGCCUUGGCCAAAGCUAUUGAAAAGAACGUGCUUUUCUCUCACCUGGAUGACAAUGAGAGGAGUGACAUCUUUGACGCCAUGUUCCCAGUCACUUACAUUGCUGGAGAAACAGUUAUUUUGCAGGGUGAUGAAGGAGACAAUUUCUAUGUGAUUGACCAGGGGGAGAUGGAUGUAUAUGUAAACAAUGAAUGGGUGACCAGCAUUGGUGAGGGCGGCAGUUUUGGAGAGUUGGCACUGAUCUACGGCACCCCAAGGGCUGCAACAGUCCGGGCCAAAACCAAUGUCAAGUUGUGGGGCAUUGACAGAGACAGCUACAGAAGAAUACUGAUGGGGAGCACUUUAAGAAAAAGGAAGAUGUACGAAGAAUUCCUCCGAAAAGUGUCUAUUUUAGAAUCUCUCGACAAAUGGGAGCGCCUAACUGUGGCCGACGCUCUGGAGCCUGUCCAGUUUGAGGACGGACAGAAGAUAGUUGUUCAGGGAGAGCCUGGCGACGAGUUCUUCAUCAUCCUGGAGGGCUCUGCAGCUGUGUUGCAGCGUCGCUCUGAGAACGAGGAGUUUGUAGAAGUGGGAAGAUUAGGCCCGUCUGACUACUUUGGUGAGAUUGCGCUGCUGAUGAACCGUCCCCGUGCUGCAACGGUGGUCGCCCGUGGACCUCUGAAGUGCGUGAAGCUGGACCGGCCCCGCUUUGAGCGCGUUCUGGGUCCCUGUUCAGACAUUCUUAAACGAAACAUCCAGCAGUACAACAGCUUUGUGUCGCUGUCGGUCUGAAGCAGCCUCAUCUCUGCUCGUCCCCUCCUCUUAGACCCAGGGUCCACCAAUGCAAAUUUUUUUUUCACCACUUCUUCUGUCGGGCUUUUUUUUUAUUCUCGUCUCCUUCUAGUUCUACACAAGCACACUUUGUUUUGGUGCAGCAACCUGUCACACCGGGGUGACGGCCUGGUGUUCACCAGCGCUUCUAGCAGCUGCUCUACGCUUCCUUGUAGGCACAGUGAAAUCAUCUAACCUUUGUUGACAUGUAUUCGCUGGUUACACUUGCUUUUUGAAGUCAACACACAAGUAAGAUUGUUGAUCUGAGAAUCAUCUGGGUCUUGAACUACUAUGAUAGGACAAUCAAACUUUACAUGGCGCUUUUAGGGAAUUUGUUUCAGAAAAUGUUUUUGACUUCAUCGUCGUUGAGCAGAACCUUGAGUGUGUUGGACAAAAGACGACUGGCACACAUGUCUCUGAGUGAACUCAUGUGCUCUGUUCAGUAUUUUAUGUUAACUUGUUUGUCGGAGCAGGUUUGGAAGAUUUCUCAAUUGAAAGUGCAGUUGCAAGGCGAGUGCCAAAUGCCGGUUAUUGUCCAAGUUGCAAAGCGUGUCUCCGGCCCCCUUCACCCAAACUGAAAGUAGUCAUCUACUUAUUCACCUAUUGAGAGUAUAAGAACUGCCUUUUCUAUUUUGAGCAGAAAGGAAAGAGACUUGAAUUUCAGUAUUCAGAGUUAAAUUCAAUAAUAUGUAUAUCUACAUACACCAAAUAGCUUUGUCACUCCUCUGCUACAGUUUGUAAACAUGAUAUAAUACUGCAGUUAUUGUUAUCGCAGACUAAAUGAAGAGCUUAUUGUUUGGACUGAAGAGGAGAGUAAGAUGUCUGCUUGUCUUUUGUAAACACUUAUUUUUCCAUAAAUUCUAUUUUAGGUGUCCAGUGCCACAAAGUGAAUAAAUGCUUCUUCUUGUCAACCGACAAAAAAGUAUGUAACUGUGUAAUUGUAUAACGUCAUGGAUAUUUUUGGAAAUAAUUUGGGGUGGGGGGAUAUCGGGGUUUAAAAACAACAAGAAGAUUCAGGAAGUGUUUAUGUUGAAAGUAUCACAGGAACUCUGACUGACAGAGAAAGCAGGUAUUUAUUUAAAACUAGUGUCAUUGCUUCUGCCUACCGAAAAGAUGGCUGUCUUUUCUCCAGAGUGGCUUGUGAUAUGUUUCUCUAUGCUUAUUUGGCAUGAUUUUCUUCAGCAACCAGUGGUCCGAUAUGAAUGAAAGCGUGCUUUGAAAAUAACUGCCUGCAGCUGCGAGCAGAAGCCGGAAUUCUGUCAUUCUUUGGUUUGUUACACCUGUGCUCAACGGCUCCUUUUUGUUUUGUAUUUAAAUCCAAUUUGUGUUGACAUAUGGAUUAAAAUAUCGUCAUCAUUUUUCUAUUAUGUCUCCCAAUGAUACAAUUGUGUACUGUUAAAAUGGAGAACAUUUUAUUGUUUGGGUGGGAGGAUUGCAGAUUGCAGGGUAGUUGAGUUCCAAUGUUUUUUUUGUUUUUUUUAAUGGACGGUAGUGAUUAUGUUUUGCUACAAAUAAUCUUUUGUGUAUAAUUUUAAUAUUUUAUAGACUUUGCUGCACCUUGAGUUGAGUUUUAUGAUUUGAUUUGUUCCUGGACAAAGCGGCAGACUGACUUUUGAACAAAGUUUUGUUUUGUGAAUAGCACCAUCUUCGUUGGUUUUAGUCCAUUUAUUUUUAGCCUCACUGUAAUCGUCCCAGUUUGCCUUAGCUUAACUAUCUUGGGCUUUCAGUAGUCGUCAGUAUCUCCUGCGAGCCCGACCUUGGGUGAGUUGGUUAGAUCUGUAGCGGUCAGCGCUACAGGUCAAUAGAGGACCAUUCUUUUUUCUAUUCUGCCCUGUAUUCAGUGACCUCCUAUAUGUGCAAAAGAUGUUUAUCCUUUUGGUAUAGAUUGUUCCAGAUGGCAGUUUAAGCAAUAAAAAAAUAA